AUGGAGACGAAAUACAGCACGGAUAUCGCUGUUAGAUUAACAUUCUUUUAUUUGAAGAUCAUAGGCUUCUGGUUCGCUAGGAGUCGAUUGCAAUUGUGGUUUAGACAUCUGAUGGUGAUUUAUACCUUUAUUAUGAACAUGUUUACUAUGUGGCUGCAGUGCAUGGGCAUUUAUCAUUUCUGGGGGGACUUUACGAUGUGCACCUAUAUCCUUGUUAACGUGUCAGUGAAUAUAGGAAAGAAUGAAUCAGAGAGGGUGCUGCUUUUUCAUAUGUGGCUGGAUCUGCCUGUGUCCAUGUCGCCAUACUUUGAAAUAAUGUACGUUCUGCAGGUUCUAAGCUUGUGUCAAUGCAAUAUUGGUUUCACUUGCUUCGACAACAUCUUCUGCAUCAUGUGCCUGCACGCGGCUGGCCAGUUUCGUAUAUUGCAGUACAGACUGAAAAACAUGCGCGAAAUGGCCGGCAUACAAGAAGAUAAUUUAAAAAGUGCCUCAUAUUUUUCCUCCAAGUAUUUCAUGGUGUUUAAAAAUUGUGUAAGGCAACAUCAAAUGGUCAUUGCAUUUUGUACACUGUUUGAGGAAGUCUUCAGUGCAAUUGUACUCUGUCAAGUGAUUAUGUUCAGCAUGUUGGUGUGUUUACUUGGAUAUCAACUGUUUUUGGUAGAUUUAAAUCUUCCAAUGCUCGUUUCUCUAAUAUCCUUCAUAUCUGCGAAUUUGUGUCAGCUAUGGGUGUUCACGUACAGCUGCGACACCAUGACACGAGAGAGUUUGAAUGUGGGUACAGCGAUGUAUACAGCGCCAUGGCUGCAACUGCCAACAGAUAAAUUUGGGAAAAUGAUACGAAAAGAUUUGCAAAUUGUCAUCAUGAGGUCGAGACGAGGCUGUCACAUAACUGCCUGUGGAUUCUUUCCUAUAUCUCUGGAGACUUACACCAGUAUUAUGAGCACCGCUAUGUCAUAUUUUACAUUGCUAAAGGGGACAACAGUGGACGUUGAAACAUAA